AUGUUAGUCAUGUGUAGACCGCAGUAAGUUCUAGGUUUUUGCAAUAUCUGAUUUCUAGAAAUAAACAGACCACAUAACGCGUGAACACUGGGAUUCCUGCAGUGAGAUUACUGUACGAUCCACGGUCGCACGUCGCAGCCUGCGCUUAAACCGGAGAAAGGAGGAACAACAGGCGCUCUGCCAACUUUAUUUCCUGGCUGGAGAGACAGUCAUGAUAUUAAACCCCGUGUACCUAGCAUUAGCCUGCCAGCUCUAGCCUUCUUAGAGGAAUGCCGUCCUUUAGUUAGGCUUACAGUCUUUUCAUUUAGAUUAGCCAAAUAACGCCAAGCACUAUGAAUUUAUUACCAUCAAAUCCCCACGGUAAUGGAUUACUUUAUGCUGGAUUUAACCAGGAUCACGGAUGUUUUGCGUGUGGAAUGGAAAAUGGAUUCAGGGUGUAUAACACAGAUCCUCUCAAAGAAAAGGAAAAACAAGAGUUUCUUGAAGGCGGAGUUGGUCACGUGGAGAUGCUUUUUCGAUGCAAUUAUCUUGCGCUUGUGGGAGGCGGAAAAAAACCAAAGUACCCUCCUAAUAAAGUGAUGAUUUGGGAUGACCUGAAGAAAAAGACUGUGAUAGAGAUUGAGUUUUCCACAGAGGUCAAAGCUGUUAAGCUUCGCCGUGACAGAAUUGUGGUGGUCCUGGACUCCAUGAUUAAAGUGUUCACAUUUACUCAUAAUCCUCAUCAGCUGCAUGUCUUUGAAACAUGCUAUAACCCUAAAGGUUUGUGUGUCUUGUGCCCAAACAGCAACAAUUCAUUGCUAGCGUUUCCAGCCACUCACUCCGGACACGUUCAGAUCGUAGAUCUGGCCAAUACAGAGAAACCGCCUGUGGAUAUUCCUGCACAUGAAGGAGCUCUGUGCUGCAUCGCUCUCAACCUUCAGGGCACACGGAUAGCCACAGCAUCUGAAAAAGGGACCCUGAUCAGAAUAUUCGACACCUCAGCAGGUCAUCUUAUUCAGGAGCUGAGAAGAGGAUCGCAAACUGCCAAUAUAUACUGCAUCAAUUUCAACCAAGAUGCCUCUCUUAUCUGCGUAUCGAGUGACCAUGGCACAGUCCACAUAUUUGCUGCAGAGGAUCCCAAAAGGAACAAGCAGUCCAGCUUGGCAUCGGCCAGUUUUCUCCCCAAGUAUUUCAGCUCCAAAUGGAGUUUCUCCAAGUUCCAGGUCCCAUCCGGUUCGCCCUGCGUCUGUGCCUUUGGAACAGAACCCAAUGCUGUUCUAGCUAUUUGUUCUGAUGGCAGCUACUACAAGUUUCUGUUCAACCAAAAAGGGGAGUGUUCAAGGGAUGUUUACGCUCAGUUUCUGGAAAUGACUGACGAGAAGAUCUGAGCAUAGACACUACUUCACUUUACCAGAUUGUUUCUUUCUUGAGGAUGUCAAAGGACUCGAGUGGCAUUCGCAACGCAGACUUUUUGGAGAUGACCGUGACACAGACAUAUGGAGGAGAGACCAAAAGAAACUCUAAAUACUCUCUUUGUUCAAACAUGAGAGACCUUUCUUUGAACACACCGAGAGAUGACUGAAAAACUGUGACCGCAGAAAACACAUUCUGUGGCGUGACGAGAGGGAAACCUUUUUUUUUUUUUGAAAGGACAACAUUUUUUAAAUUGUCUUCCAUUGGAUUUUUUAAGCUUUGGAUGUCCUUGGCUAGGUAGCGAGAGCAAAAUCUCUUUGUCCACUAACAAAACCUAAUCUAAUGUAGGAAGCGCCUCUGUAACUAAGAGCAGAGGGGGGUGUAAACAUGUACAUCAUUCACACUAUGUAUUUGCAAACUAUUUGUUGGUGUUAGAUAUCGUUUUUCUUGCUGUAUGAACGCAGGAUACCGGAUUAAAAUGAUGUAACUACAUAGUAUUUAGACAAGUAUAACAAAACAGCUAUUUUAUGGAGUAAAUGUGUGCUCCUCAUUUCACGUAUUUGUUGGCUUUAAGAAAAUCAAAUUACUAUAAUCAGUGCUCUGUAAAAGUUUUACCAUACUAUCACACAAGUUACGUGACUGAUAGACACAACAUAUUAGGCCGUGGGGAGGAAUGAAGAAUCGCAUCAUCAUAUUUAGUCUAUAUUUACACUCUAAAUGGGUUAAAAUAAAAUGAUCAACUCUAAAAUCCUGUUUUCUUCACAAGGUAAUUGAGAAUAACUACAUUGCUACUUUACAAGAGGUUAAUUGUAAGGUGAAUUGCAUACCAUUUAAACCUGGUUGCAGAUGAAUGCAUUAAACCGCAUCUUUUUGUUUAUUAGCU